AAGGGCUUCGCCCGGCUCGGGGAGCCACAGACUCCGCUCUGCCAGCCCUCCAGCCCAGCUUCCCACCGCAGGCAGAGACGCUCCGAGCUGAACCCCAUGGCCCGCGCCGCGACCCCCGCCGCCCCCCGGCUCCUCCGCGCCGCGCUGCUGCUCCUGCUAGUGGUGGCCGCCGGCCGGCGCGCAACAGGGGCGCCUGUGGUCACCGAACUGCGCUGCCGGUGCCUGCAGACCUUGCAGGGGAUUCACCUCAAGAACAUCCAGAACGUGAAGGUGACGCCCCCAGGACCCCACUGCGGCCAAACGGAAGUCGUAGCCACUCUCAAGACUGGUCAGGAAGUUUGUCUCAACCCUGAAGCUCCCAUGGUUAAAAAAAUCAUCAACAAGAUGCUGAACAAGGACAGUGCCAACUGAUCUGGAGAGCUGGAGAGAGCUUACUGGCUACUACUGCAGCCUUAGUGGAAUCAAAGUGAAAGAAGAGAAACAAAUAGCUCCUGGGGCCACCUGGACUGUGUCUAAUGUUUUUGCUUGUUUCUUAUGAGAGUUCUUCUAUUUAUUUACAUAUGUAUUUAUUUAUUUAUUUUUCAAAGCCUGUAUAUUACUAUUCUAUCUAAUAUUUAAAGGUAUGAAUGUGUUUGGCAAUUCUCUGUACUGUUAUUUUAAAAGGUCAUUUUUACAUUAAAUCAAAGUUAGUUCAGUGCUGACUGUUAUUUAUUUGAAAGUGAUGUGUUUUAAAUGUUUUUCAUUCAUAAAGCUAUUGUGGUUUAUUUUUGGCUGGAUACCACACUGUACCAUCCGUGGUGAUAAAACCUGGAGACAAUAGUGGGGGAUCCAAACAAAUAGAUUACUGUUAAGGUAGGGGAAUGUAUGUGUACAUUUACAUUGUGUAUUGAUGAGAAGAUCGUCAGUUGCUGACGAUCUAUUUAUGGAAAUAGUUUCACCAUCUGUGGUCAACAUUUUUGAUGCUGAAACUUUAAAAAUGACAAUGUUCUAAAUACCCCUUGGACAUUUUAUGUCUUCCUUGUUAGGCAUAAUGCCUUGUUUCAUGUUAAUUAUGAAGUAUUUUUCUCUGUCUUGGAAUAGAGAAGUUUAAAUAUUUAUUGAUGUAUUUUUAUAAAUAUCAUGAAAAUAAAGCCCUUUACAAAAAUUGCUUAGGUUUCUUUUGUACUUCUUGACCCUUUUUUUCCCCUCCUGCGUACCCAGCACUUGGAUUUU